AUGGCAGCGGCGAAAGGGACCAAAGAGCUCGUCUCGCUGCUCGAAAAGUUUGGGACAUGCGAGAUUGCAGACGCUCUCGUCAAGCUCAAAAACCGGUCGGGAGGGCACCUUCCUGGCAUCUUUGCGCAUGCGCCUCGGUCAGAUAAAGCGGGGCUCUCGACGGGCAUCUGUGGGCCGGCCUUUACCGUUGAAAUGGUGUCCCAGGCCGAUAUUGAUGCGCCCAAGCCAGAUAAGCACUUUGUCGAUGCGACCGAGGGCCAUGAGGGCUGCGUCAUGGUCAUCAGCGCGCCGCCCGAGACGCGCUCCGCGAUCUGGGGCGGCCUUAUGACGCUGCGGGCCCAGGCGCUGGGCGUCAAAGGCGUCGUGCUCGACGGUCGCUGCCGCGACCUCGAGGAGCAGUGGGACUCUGGCUUCAGCAUCUUUGCGCGCUCCCACUCGACCCUCGGUCAGUCGCCGUUCACCAGACCCUCGCGUCUCCAGGUACCCCUCUCGAUUGCCGACCCAACGGCACCGAGCUUUCCGCCCACUACGGUCGCGCCCGAUGAUCUCGUGCGGGCAGACGUCGACGGCGUCGUCGUCUGUCCCCGCGCCGAUGUCCUGGCCGUCGUCGAGGCAGCGACAAAGGCGCGCGAGAUCGACGAACGGUGCAAGGAGGAUCUCCUCCGGGGGAAGGGCGUCAAGGAGACGUUUGCCAAGUGGCGCGGAAAAUAG